AGGUGCGGGCCUGCGCGGUGCAAGCGGCCUUGUGGCCCUUCCGCUGCCUGCCGCUGGGCUGGACAGUGCAGCGGCCCCUCUUUAACGUCCGCCGGAGACCGGCCUCAUGGUGGGCGCACCCACCGCUGUGCCCAUGGUGGGGGAGAGGUAGCGCCUGGUGGAGGACUGGAGCAGGACACGCCCUCGGCCGGCAUGAGCGCGCCCAAGCCCAGCGGGCUCAAGGCCCCCAGCAAGAUCGUCAAGCCCGGGGGCGCAGCCCCGAAGCCCCCCGCCGCUGUUGCAGCUCCUGGGGAGAAAGCCGUGUGUAGUGACACCACGCCGGGUGCCGCGGCCGAGCUGCGGGCGGAGUUUGUGGACGACUUCCGCGUGGGGGAGCGUGUCUGGGUGAACGGCAGCAAGCCCGGAUUCAUCCAGUUUCUUGGGGAGACCCAGUUUGCGCCAGGGCAGUGGGCCGGGAUCGUCCUGGACGAGCCUAUCGGCAAGAAUGACGGCUCGGUGGCUGGAGUGCGCUACUUCCAGUGUGGGCCUGCCAGGGGCAUCUUUACCCGGCCCUCGAAGCUCAGCCGGGAGGCCCCGGCCGGCGGCGGGGACGGCGGCCCUCACACUGCCCUGGCAGCCCGGGGGGCGUCGCCGCUGCCUGCCCCCGCUCCCUCCCCGGCCACGCCUGCCGCCACACCCCACAGGCCUGGCCCGCCGCCCGCCAAGGAGCCUGCGGCCUCCACGCAGGCCAGCAACCUGACGAAAACUGCCAGCGAGUCCAUCUCCAACCUCUCCGAGGCGGGCUCGGUCAAGAAAGGGGAGCGAGAGCUCAAAAUCGGAGACCGAGUGUUGGUCGGCGGCACGAAGGCCGGCGUCGUGCGCUUCCUCGGGGAGACCGACUUCGCCAAGGGCGAGUGGUGUGGCGUGGAGCUGGACGAGCCGCUCGGGAAGAACGAUGGGGCGGUGGCCGGGACCAGGUACUUCCAGUGCCAGCCCAACUAUGGCCUGUUCGCGCCUGUGCACAAGGUCACCAGGAUCGGCUUCCCGUCCACCACGCCGGCCAAGGCCAAGGCCGCUGCCGUGCGCCGUGUGAUGGCUGCCAGGCCCGCUGGCCUGAAGCGCAGCCCGUCCGCCUCCUCGCUCAGCUCUGUGAGCUCUGUGGCCUCCUCUGUGAGCAGCAAGCCCAGCCGCACAGGCCUCCUGACCGAAACCUCCUCCCGCUACGCCCGGAAGAUCUCUGGCACCACGGCCCUGCAGGAGGCCCUGAAGGAAAAGCAGCAGCACAUCGAGCAGCUGCUGGCCGAGCGGGACCUGGAGAGGGCGGAGGUGGCCAGGGCCACGAGCCACGUCGGGGAGGUGGAGCAAGAGCUAGCACUGGCCCGGGACGGACACGACCAGCACGUCCUGGAGCUGGAGACCAAGAUGGACCAGCUGCGGGCGAUGGUGGAGGCGGCCGACCGGGAGAAGGUGGAGCUGCUCAACCAGCUCGAGGAGGAGAAGAGGAAGGUUGAGGACCUGCAGUUCCGGGUCGAGGAAGAAUCCAUCACUAAAGGUGACCUUGAGCAAAAGAGCCAGAUUUCUGAAGAUCCUGAGAAUACGCAGACCAAACUGGAGCAUGCGCGCACUAAGGAGCUUGAACAGAGCCUGCUCUUUGAAAAGACCAAAGCUGACAAGCUCCAGAGGGAGUUAGAAGACACUAGGGUGGCUACGGUGUCAGAGAAGUCCCGGAUCAUGGAGCUAGAGAAGGACCUGGCGCUGCGCGCGCAGGAGGUGGCUGAGCUCCGCCGCAGGCUAGAGGCCGGCAGGCCAAUGGCGGCUGUGGACAUGUCGCCGUCCCUCCUGCAAGAGCCGAGCUCCCUGCGAGAGGAGCUGGACGCCGCCCGCGCCGACCACCGGCGGGAGCUGGCGGCUCUGCGGGAGGGGCUGGGCGCCCGGGAGGAGGCGCUGCAGAGGGAGCUGCAGGCCUUGCAGGCAGCUGCCGAGAAGCUGUCCAAGGAGAACGAGUCGCUGAGGAGCAAGCUGGGCCACGCCGACAAGGAGAGCGCGGACGUGAUCGCCCUGUGGAAGUCCCGGCUGCAGUCGGCCAUCGCAUCCCACCAGCAGGCGAUGGAGGAGCUGAAGGCGUCCUUCAGCCGGGGCGGCGGGGCGGGCGCUGCUGAGCCCCAGGCGCAGGUGGACAGGCUGAGGCUGGACCACCAGCGCGAGCUCGAAGCCCUGCGCGGCCGGCAGGAGUCGGAGCGGGCCGCCCACGCGGACGCGCUGGGGGCGCUGCAGGCCGAGCUGGCCAGGGCUGUCCGGGAGAAGGAGGAGGGUCUGGAGGCCGCGCAGGCCGGGCUCGACCGCGCUGAGAACCAGCACCUGCUGGAGAUGGAGGAUGCCUUGAGCAAGCUGCAGGAGGCCGAGGCGAAGGCCAGCAGCGCCGCCGCAGAGCUGCAGGCCAGGGAGCUGGCCCUGGGCGGCCUCCAGGACAGCCUGCGCGAAGCCAGCCGUGCCAAGGAGGCCCUCGGGACAGAGCUGCAGGCCCUGAGAGAAAAGUUUGCUGACGCGGCCGCCGAGGCAGCCUCCACACAGGGUCGCCUGCAAGAAGCCACGCACAAGCUGCAGCAGAAGGAGCAGCAGCUCAGCGCGCUGUCCUCCGACCUGGAGGUGGCCAGGGGGCAGCUGGCAGGCAUGGAGGCGGAGUUCAGGGAGAGAAACGGAAGGGAAGAGCAGUUGUUACAGGCAAAGGAGAAGCUGGAGAACGACCUCGCGGACAUCGCCAAGGUGUCGGGAGAUCACUCCUCCCGGCUGGAGGAAGUGUGCGGUGCGCUGCGUGAGAAGGAGAGGCUGGUGGAGGAACUGCAGCUGAGGCUCAGCGAGGCCGACGAGCAGGCGAGGGUCCUGCAGACGCGCGUCGAGGAGGUCACUCUGCAGGCCCAGCAGAGCCAGCGGGCAGCAGCCGUGAGGCACGAGGAGGAGAAGCGGGAGCUGCAGAGGAGGUUGGCGGACCUGGAGAGGAGGAUGGAGAUGAGCUGCAGCCAGCGUGAGGAAGCCGCUUCCGUGGCCGCCGCCGGGCAGCACGAGGCCCUGCAGGAGGCGUGGUUGGGCGCACAGGGCCGGCUGGCGGCCGUCCCAGCGGACAACGGCGAGGCUGAGACGGCCCAGACCGCGGAAGGCGCUCUGCAGCUCCUGGAGCAGAUGACCAAGGAGAAGACUGACGCGCUGGCCUCCCUGGAGGACUCCAGGCAAACCAACGAAAAGCUGCAGAGCGAAUUGGAUACACUUAAAGAAAACAACUUGAAGAACGUGGAAGAGCUCAACAAAUCGAAAGAACUUGUGACUGUGCAGAAUCAAAAAAUGGAGGAAUUCAAGAAGGAAAUAGAAGCCCUGACGCAGGCGGCGGCCCAGACGUCCCAGCAGCUCUCAGCACUGCAGCAGGAGAACGUGAAACUUGCAGAGGAGCUGAGGAGAAGCCGGGACGAGGCCAGCAGUCAGCAGGAGCUGGAGGAAGAGAGAGCUGCGCUCAGCGAACAGCUCUCGGAAAUGAAACAAAGAGAAUCCAAGUUAAUACGGGAGGCGGACGAAGAGAAGGCCUCCCUGCAGAAGGCCAUCCGCCUCACCAGCGCCCUGCUCACCGACAAGGACGCCGAGCUCGAUCGGCUGCGCAGCGAGGUCUCGCUGCUCCGGGGAGAGGUCGCCACCGCCAAGGCGUUGCAUCCGGUUGUCCAGGCUCUCGAGUCCGACAAGGUGAAGCUGGAGCUCCAGGUAAAGAACUUGGAGCUUCAGCUCAAGGAAAACAGGAGGCAGCUCAGCAGCUCUUCAGGUCACACGGACGCGCGGGCAGAGGAGGACGAGAGGGCCCAGGAGAGCCAGCAAAUGAUUGAUUUCCUGAAUUCGGUAAUAGUGGACCUUCAAAGGAAGAACCAGGACCUGAAGACGAAGGUGGAGCUGAUGUCCGAAGCCGCCCUGCGCGGGGACGGCGACGACCUCAACAGCUAUGACAGCGACGACCAGGAGAAGCAGCGCAAGAAGAAGCCGCGGCUCUUCUGCGACAUCUGCGACUGCUUCGACCUGCACGACACGGAGGACUGCCCCACGCAGACGCAGCUGGCUGAGGACCCGCCGCACUCGGCGCACCGCGGCAGCCGCGGCGAGGAGCGCCCCUACUGCGACAUCUGCGAGGUGUUCGGGCACUGGGCCAGCGCCUGCGAGGACGACCAGACCUUCUGAGCGCCCGCGGCCUCCCCGCCAGUGGCCUCGGUGUCCCCACCCCGCAGCCCCCUCCCUUGGCCUCGGCCUGGACAAAGGCGAUGCCAGGUGUCCCCCGGCCGGCGGCCUCUGCCACCUUAUUUAAGUUCCUUCCCGUUGUGCGGUUCCUCCUCACAUUUGCACUAAAGUACUUCCAGGCUGCAUUUGUAUAUUUAGGUUUUCGGGUUGAGCUUUGACACUGGAAUGAGUUGGGAAAAAUGUGCCAUUUGCCAUGUUCAUCUGCUCGUUUACACACUUCGCUCUCGGUGGAGACGCGCCUGAGGCCCGUGGCUGCCUGCUCGGGGUGCAGGGUCGCCUCGGCCGGAGGGCGGUGCCAUCAUGGAAUCACGAGGUCGCGCGGGGGCUGUGAGAGCCGCAGCCGCCGCCACGCUGUACCCCGGCCGCGCUCUGAUGGGCUUCGCCUGAGUUCAGCUUCUAUGUAGUGUAUGUAUAUAUAUUUUUAAAAAUCUCUAUUUUGGGAAAAAGUACACAAUGUAUCAUUCUGUUCAGAUUUUUACUUUUUUGAAAAAGAAACACUUAAAAACCUAGGCUGUUUGCAACAGCCUGGGCCAGAAACUCUGACUUUGCAACUUCUUCAUUGUUUCUUUAUAUUAAUCUUAUAUGUAUAAAUGCUGGGAGCAUUUUCUCCAAAGUUUUGGCCCUUCUCCAGCCAACAUUCCCAGAAGCCAGUUAGGUAAUAAGCCACUAUAAAACACCAAAUUAACCCAUCUAUGGUCUUGGCAAGUUUUUUUUUUUACUGUGCUUUUGGAUGAAUGUAUGAUGGGAAAUUCAACGUUGAUUUUGAAUUUUCUUAUCACAAAAAUACAUGAAAGACCUCAACCAUCAGAAAUUUAUCAGCCAGUUUGAAUCUAUUUAUCUUCAUUUGAAUGUCUUCUAGGCUGUAAAAAGUAAUCGUCUGUUCCGUGGUACAUGUACAGUAAGAACCUCUAUAAUCGUGCAUACGCCUUUGACGUAUUUUCCUCACAAGAUGAUCAGCUGUGUGUUUGACAAGUGGAAGGAAACUCUUGAAUCAAAUUGCGGGUUGCGAGCUUGAAUCAAAUUGCAGGUUGCGAGCUUAAUUGGAGGCGUUUCAAACGCACACGGUAUGCGAACAGUAUUAAAAUGUGCGCAAACAGC